AUGGCCGCAGUGUCACAGCAGGCUAUUUUUGAGGAAGGGCUCCUCUGCGCCAUCUGUUUGGAAUUGUUCACGGAUCCUGUGACAAUUCCCUGCGGGCAUAAUUUCUGCCUGGAAUGCAUAAAGCGGUAUUGGGACAAGGAAGCCAGCGCCGGUGUUUCCAGCUGCUGUCCCAAGUGCCGGGCUAUUUUUCCUGAGAGGCCCCAGCUUAGCAAGAACACGGUUUUGUGUGACCUUGUGAGGAACGGUCGACCGUCAGAAAGGCACGCGCUCCCCGAGUCUGAUUGCCACCCGGUGAGCGUCGCGUGCGACUUCUGCGUCGACCAGGAGUUCAAGGCCGUCAAGUCGUGUUCCGUGUGCGCAGCGUCGUUUUGCCAAAUCCACGUAAAACCUCAUCAGACAUUAGCCGAGCUACUGCACCAUCCGUUGACGGAUCUGGUGAAAGGUAACGGAAGCCGACAGUGCGAAAGGCACGACAGGCUGCUGGAGCUGUUCUGCAGGACAGACCAGACCUUCAUCUGCUGCAUGUGUGCCAUCCGCGAACACAGAUACCACGUCCUGGUGACUGUACAGGAGGAGAGGGCCGAACAAGACCGAUGGCUCUUGGCUAAACGGGCGGAAUUGGAGAAAGUCAUCCAAGCGACCGACGCUGACAUUCGGGACUUGACGCAGCAAACCGACAGGAUUCCGGUCUCCGCUGUCAAGGUGAACAAGGUCAUCGCUGGCAGAUUCUCUGAACUGGCGCGGGCUGUGGAAGAGGCGCAGGAGAGAGUGGCCACGUUCAUUGCCAGAGAGGAGCAAGCCGCUUUGCGGAAGACCAGGCAAGCCAUCGGCGAGAGGAAGCGACGCUCGGCUGAGCUCGCGAGGAGGAAGGAUGAGAUGGAAGAACUCUCGCAGAACGUGGACGACGUGAGUUUCCUCCAGGCGCUCAAGAUCUUCAGCAGUGAAAGGGAAACGGCUUCAGCUCGGUCCAACUGCGAGGUUCACCUGAGCUUUGCUGGCGUUAAUCGAGUGGUGGCUGAUCUGAAGGAGCGUCUGCGGAGGAAAUGCGACGAAAUCUCGGGGAGCUUGACCGGGGAGGUGGCUGAGCUGAGGAGCUACUGGCCGUUGCCGACGGAGCUAGGGAGGAACCGUAGCAAUUUCCUGGCCUGCGCUCGCCAGCUCACGUUCGACUCGAAGACGACGCACAAGCACCUCUCCCUGUCAAAGGAGAACCGCAAGGUGCUGAACAUCUGGCCGAAGGAAGCUUUCUACGUCAACCACACGGAGAGGUUUGACUCCUGCUGGCAAGUGCUGUGCAUGGAACAUUUCGAAAGAGGCGCCCACUACUGGGAGGUGGAAAUCAGCGAAGGGAGCCUGGCGGGCGUUACGUAUAAAUCGAUACCAAGGAAAGGAACGGACAGCGUUUGCUUCAUCGGAAAGAACAGCCUCUCCUGGGGCUUGCAGUCGUUCAGUGACCAUUGCUUAGCGUGGCACAAUGGGACCCAAGUUAAAAUAAAACCGUCGAAACACGAAAGACUAGGAGUGCACCUGGACUAUUCUGCCGGCCAGCUAUCAUUCUACGGGAUCAACCACACAAUGACCCUAAUACAUCAAUUCCAGGCUGUGUUCACGGAGCCAUUGUACCCAGCUUUCCGACUCAUAAAAGCGGAGUCAUUUUGUUGCAUAUCUCCGAUUGACCCUUAAGGUUUUUACGGUGAUAACGAAGAGGUUCUUUGUUUAUUCAGACGCUGCAAAAAAAAUCGUACGGUACUGGGUAGGACUUUCCUUUGCUUUUGUUUCACUCUCUAAAUUUCUAUCAGUGAUUAUCGACUGUUAACUUUAAACGGGAGCCCAGUUCCAUGCUGAGCUGGUUCUGAAGCCAUUUGUCAACUUGGCUCAGCUGGCAACACUCUCGCUGUGAAGUCAGAAGAUUGUGGGUUCAAGCCCCAACUCAGAAUUCAACGGCUACGCUGGCCCUGCGAUACAGUGCUGCACUUGUGAUGCAUUGUUGGAGGUGGCAUCCUUGGGAAUGGGCAAACCCUUCAUUUUUAAUUUCAUUUUAAAAAAAUCCAUUAAUGAUUGAAAGCUGUUUUGGAAGCAGCAUUCGCUUUGGAAAGGAAAUGUUAAUUUUGUUUGAAAAAAUAAAAUAAAACUGCGUUUUCUUUU